AUGUCAUCAUUACGCGACUAUGGCCUUGCGGCCCCUCAUGGACCCAACAUGGACACCCACCACGUUGCAACUGAGCAGCUCUACGCCAUGAGCCAGAACGAGCAGGGCGUCUUCCAAACAAUUCUCAAGCCUGACGACAGUUACGACGAGAACGGCACAUACUGGGCUGAUAUGCCCAUCCUUCAGAGGAUCAAGUUCGUCAACAAGGUCAACAACGCAGAGGCGAAGAGAGAGGCGUCGGCGACAUGGGCCAUGAUCAAAAAGGAUCCCCUGAGUCCUCUUGGUUACUACAUGCGCAACAUGGUCAUUCCCGGCAUGGGUCUUCUUCUCGAAGGUUACGUCCUCUUCUCCAUCGGCAACAUCAAGCCUCUUCUCCAAGCUGCUUUCCCUGCUUGCUGGAAGAAGGAGACUGUCUGUGACGGUACCUGGAUUGCAGCUCUUGAAUACCUCGAAAUUGUCGGUAUCAUUGUUGGUCAAAUCCUCGUCGGCAUUAUUGGUGACUGGCUCGGUCGUCGCUGGGGUCUGAUCCAAGAUGCUGGUAUCAUGUUCGUCGGUCUUCUCAUGCUCACUGCUUCUUGGGGAACCACCCUCAAUGGCUGGGUCAUCUGCUACGUCUGGUCUCUGUUCUUCUACGGUGUUGGUGUCGGUGGUGAAUACCCAAUGACUGCAACUUCCGGUAUGGAGAACGCUGUUGGUUCUGGAAAGGUUUCGACCAAGGAAGACCGUCUCCACCGUGGUCGCAAGGUCACCUCGGCUUUCUUGAUGCAAGGUUGGGGCCAGUUUGCCAACCAGGUCAUUCUGAUUCUCCUCUUGCUCAUUUUCCACGGCUCCGGCAACCCUCCCUACUCCAAGGUCUCGACUCAGUGGACCUACCGUGUCUCAUUCGCCAUUCCCGCUGUUGGAACUCUCUGGCUCGUCUACUUCCGUACCUUCAAGAUGCGCUCUGCCUCAAAGCAGCUCGCUGCUGCAAAGAAGAAGUCCAACGUCACCGGAUACGACACUGAGUCUCUCAAGCUUACCCUUACCCACUUCGGUCCUCGUCUGAUCGCAACUGCUGGUGCCUGGUUCGCCAACGAUGUCUUCUUCUACGGUAACAAGCUCUUCCAAGCCGAGUUCAUUUCCGUUCUCCUUCCUGGCAACAAGUCCGUCAUGGUUGGCUGGCUUUACAACUUGGUCAACGUUGGUGUUUCGCUUUGCGGUUACUACCUGGCCUCCUUCUUGAUCGACAACAAGCUCUACGGACGCAAGUGGAUGCAGAUCGUCGGUUUCUUGCUCGACUUUAUCCUCUUCGUUGUACCCGCAUUCAACUUCGAAUACUACACUAGCACUUCAGGAGUCCACGCUUUCCAGGCAAUGUACUUCCUGUCAUCCUUCUUCAACCAGUUCGGCCCCAACUCCGUCUCUUUCCUUGUUGCCGCUGAGGUCUUCCCCACCCCCAUUCGUGCUACUGCCCACGGUUUCAGCGCAGCCGUUGGAAAGCUCGGUGCUCUUCUCGCCGCCGUCCUCUACAACUACAUUGACACCCAGACCAAGUUCUACGUCGUUCCCUGGUUUGGUCUCGCCGGUGCCGUCGUCACAUGGCUCUUCCUCCCCGAUACCACCGGUCUCGAUCUCAAGGAGCAGGAACGUCGCUGGGCCUUUAUCCGCGUCGGCAAGGGUGACGAAUACCGCGGUGUCGCCAUCCACCCCAAGCACUUGUCAGUAUGGGAGCGCUUCCGCGGCGUCGGCAAGAACUACAACGCCGAAGUCGACUACCAACAGCGCGUCGAGGAAAUGCGUCAUGAGUGGGAAGAGAGCAUGGCUUCCAAGGUCGCCGAAAAGGAAAACAACAUGGAUCCCGACAUUGUCGAUGACGAGGACUGGCACAGCGAAAUUUCCAGCUUCUUCACCCGCUCCAAGAACGGACCCCGCGGCGCUCAAUCCCCUCUCAUCUCCCCCAUGAUCCGCGGUAAUGAGAGACAAACUCCUCUGCCCUCACCCAUGAUGAGGGGGAUGGAAAAGAGAAGUCCCAUGCCCAGUCCCAUGAUCCGCGGCCAAGUCAAGGAAGAAGACGAGUCUGAUGAGGCUUUGAAUGAGAAGCGAUAG